UUCGUAUAAAUUUUUGUUUUKAACUUUCGUUUGGAAUUUAAUCGUUCUUUUUGAUAAUGAAACCAUCUGCUUUGACCUUCACCAGAAGMCUAAAAUGUCAGAAUAUUAUUUAAUAGAAUUUUAUUCGCUUUUAUUCUCACGCAAAUUGAAAAUUUGCUUUUAACAAUAAGUAUUUUUAACAUUUUUAACAAAUUUGAGCUGGACUCCACUUGCGGUUGAUGCUGGAUCAUUUGAAUUCAUGGAGUGUACUAUUUAUCAGUAUAAUGGAAAGAAUCAAUGUACGAAAUGUGUAAAURGAGAAUCAAAUUUUUCAGAAAAGACAGUCAAUGAGUUGCUUGUGGAUUUUGUUGACAAACUCCAUGACAACAGUAGAAAAUUUCGACCUUGGUCUGAAGGAUUCUCAUCUGGUGUCACACUGAAAUUUAAGUAUCAACCUCCAAACAAGAACGACAUGGUGGACUUUUUAACUACAAGAYCUUCUUUAUCUGAUGCAGCGGACAACUUCUCCUUACUUGAAUUUUCUCCUGAAUAUGUCAAGGAUUUAUCUUCAAUAAAUAGAAAUCUCACAAAGGACAAACAAUYUGAUUCCACAACCAGUCCUUUUGGCAACAAGACUUCUGAAAAAUCAAAAGAUAUUACAAAAGUAACUUUGCCAAUGGACAUGACUUCAGAAAAGAGUAAUUAUAGAGGGACAUGGUGCACCAAUGUAUCAGUUACAAAGAAAAAUAAACAGAAAACAUCACCWAGAAAAUGUAAUAAUCAAGUUAUACAAAAUAUGAAGAAGAAAUAUGGUGUAAGUGACCAUCAGAGAGGGAAGUGGAUUAUUAGUAACGAUGGCUGCUGUGCAAGCAAAAUUUCUGUUGCUUGGARAGAAGUAUGUAAAAUACUUAAGUGCGGACAACUACCUUAUUGCAAUGCUAAAUAUCAGAAAUCACACCAAGAAAUCUGGAUUUAUUGUGACGUUAUUUCAAGCUUGGAUGUACGAAAAAAGCUAAAGAUUAACCACAAGCUCAAUAUUAUUGCWCCAAUACAGUACUGGAUUCACCCGCAUGGAGCUGUUUUGAAACUUUAGUGUAUAAUUUUGGCAAAGCCAUACAGUCCAAUCCCUACACCACCCCUCUCAAUGACAUUUUAAGAAAAUAAAUAUUGGAUCGUCCACUGGAUUCACACCAAACAAACUGUUGGGCUAACUGAUUUGGCAAAUAAAGUCUCAUAUUUUUAAAGACUUUUUCCUUCAAAGAAAGGGUGGUUGGAAUUGUAAAAUCCCUGGAACCACACUCUCUGCAUCUUCUGCCCUUGUAAAACAACUGCGAAUAAUGUCAGCCAUUUUUAGAAUCUGUCUAAAGCUGUAUUGAUAACWAAUUGAAUAAAAUGUAUAUUUUGUCGAUCA